CAGACUCCACCAAACAAGCUUGAGGUUGUUCAGCGACGACAAUCUUUUCGAAACCCAACAUCUCUUACAGGUUAGGUUUGAGAUUGAUUGUUUCGUGAUUUCGUCAUCUGUCUGCAACUGCUACUGCUUCUCUGAUACUACCAAAACCCAGUUGAAAAUGGCGAAGAAGAAAACGAGUUUGGGUCGCCGAGCAUGGAAUCUAUUGCGUUUGGCCUUGUUAUGGGCCAGAAAAGGCGGAUUACUCAAACGAGGGCUUAUGAUGGACCUUCGCAUCCUGCCCAACUACAUCAAGAGCCUACGCAACACCGCCGCUCGCGACUCCAUUCGUUACGGUGAGCGGGAGCUCUCCUUCGACGACACGCCGCUCUUCCACUUCAAAACGCCGCACCGUCCGGCAUCACGCAGGUUUCAUAUCCCAUGUAUCAAUAUUCCACCCGUCGAUUUCGAUUUCGAUUUCAGGGAUGACUACUGCAACGACCACGAUAAGAAAGAUGGCGCAUAUAACCAACGUGGUAGGAGGAGUUUUCCAGGAGAAGAAGAAGAAGAAGAGAGAGAUUAUGAUUGUGAGGGAAGUAGGGAUGAUGAGCAAAACUCCGAAUUGGUGCCAUGCGGAGAAGAGGAAGAAGGGAUUGAUCUCAGGGCGGAGGAGUUCAUAGCCAAGUUCUACGCACAGAUUAAACUGCAGAGACAGAUUUCAUAUCUACAAUACGAUGAGAUGCUAAGUAGAGGCGCCAGUUGAUGAAGAUGAAUGCACAAAAAGAGUACUGAUGCAUGGAGUACCGUAAGCCUAUAAAUUCUAUUUGAUUAGAUUUUUUAAUUCGUUGUCUCGUUCAUUCUUAUAUAUGUAGUAGAACUUAGCGGGCGUUGCUGUAAAUACCAGAGUUGUUGAAAGCUAGCUCCAUCUGGAGGCUGUCAGAUUGAUUAAUUGUUUACAUUUUCGGAAUAGAUAUUUAAUAAUAUUGUAUCCAUAUUGAAUUGAAUUGAUAGAAUAAUUUGUCAUCAGUUUGUUAAA